ACUUUUGUGGCUCUUUUCUUUUCCAUCAGGGCGCGAUUAAAACACCCCAAAGGAGGCUGAGAGCGACGGGGGUCGAGCCCGGGGUUUAUACAGGGGCUUGUUCUUGGGCGCGCGCUAAAGAGAAACAGAUUUGUUUUUCUGCGCUUUAAAUUGAAGAAGCGGUUUGCAGAUGUUGAGCUUCUAGUGGAGGAAUGCAUCUCUCUCUCUCUCUCUCUUUGGCUGAUGGGGUUUUGUAAUUUAAUGCAGAAAGAGAGACCACACAGCUCGCCGGCUUCAUGAAAUUCAUAAACAUUUUAUUUAUCCUGUACAGGAGGUGAGCUUUGCCAAAAAUGGCGUUACUAUGCAAUCCCCCGUUCGCGUCCAAUAGAACAACAGAUCGCCUAAUGAAGAGGGGAUCGGAGGGAGUUUUGGAGGAGGAGGGGUCUCGAGCGUGAAAGAGCCGGAGGGACAAAGACAUGCAGCAUGCAACAGGACUCCGAGAGAAGAAAACACUCUCCAGACAACACGCAAAACCAGGAGGAUUCUUACGCAUAAAGAGGAUUGACAUUUGAAAUGCACUCAGGAUGCAACCAGAUAGCAGCAAACUGAACUGAUUGCACGGAUAACAGCUGAACUUUAGAUCUGAAAAGCUUCAUUGUGGAGUAAAUAAAGUCUGUGACGCACCAUGUUGUGCUUUCACGGAUUGAUGCAAGCAUGCACCUAAUCUGAGUUUGUGGGCAAAAUGGAGAGGAGCAUCGUUCCCGUCGCGUUCCUCUCGUUUGUGAUGAUGCUGGAGGCGCAGAUGGUUUGCUGGCACGCGCUGAUGCGAUGUCAUGAAGAGCGUGAUUGUGAGCUCGCAUAUAACCAGUAUCUGACGGCGUGCGAUGGGAUCAUCCGAGGAAGCAGACGCCAGUGUCCAAGCCACUGCAUCAGCGCGCUCAUCCGCCUCAACCAGACCACACACGGCCCGUUACUAGAGACCUGUGACUGCGGGACCGACCCCGAGUGUGUGCGGGCCAAGCGCGCCGUGGAGCCGUGUCUGCCGCGCACACAUCCGGGUGACGCCGAGGGGAUGGGAUGCACCGAAGCGCGCCAGCGGUGUGAAGACGAGCCCAGCUGUCAAUCAUCGCUCACCGCGUAUCUGUCCCACUGCGGACAGCUGUUUAACGGGAGGAAGUGUUCGUCUCGGUGCAGAUCCACCAUCGAGGAGCUGCUGUUGAAGCCCAGUGGUGUGCUGCUCAAUCAGUGCGUGUGUGACGGGCUCGAGAGGCCGUUCUGUGAGGUGGUCAAACAGAAUAUGGUCAAACUGUGUUCGAUUGGAGUCGACAGCGUCUCCGUGGACCACGAUGGCACGGACGAUGCAUACGAGGACGAGGAUGACGAGGCGAGACCGACCGAUGCUGACGCGGUGAUGUCUCUAACACGCGCUUUGACUCGUUCUCAACACGUGGUUUUGCUGUGCAUCGCAUUCGCUCUGGCGUUCACACUCUAAAGCGUGACGGAUUGAACAUCUGUGACCCUGGAGCACAAAACCGGUCUGUUACAUCAAUGCGAGACAACUAUUUGAAAAUCUGGAAUCUGAGGGAGCAAAAACAUCUAAAUAUUAAGAAAAACAUGUUUAAAGUUGUUCAAAUUAAGUUCUUUGCAAUGCAUAUUACUAAUCAAAAAUGGAGUUUUGAUAUAUUUAAUGGUAAGAAAUUUGCCAAAUAUCUUCACGGAACAUGAUCUUUACUUAAUAUCCUAAUGAUUUUUGUCAUAAAAGAGAAAUGUAUAAUUGUGACUCAUACAGUGUAUUGUCUAUUUCUACAAAUACACACCUGUGACACUGAUGACUGCUUCUGUGCUGCAGGGACACAUUAAGUUCUUCUUGAAGCACCUGCACAGCAGUGUGUCCUCAUCAUCAGCUUUCAUUAGUUAAUGAACCCGGACUGUGUCUUUCUUCCGUCUUGUUUCAUCUCAGUGCCACUUGAAGUGUCUCAAGGCAAACAGUGGACGCGCGUCGAGGGUUUGCACAGCAGACUUGCAUUGUACUCGCAUCUUACUUCAAAUAUUUGCAGUGCUCGUGCACAUAAAGGAGCCGGUUUGUGGAUCAAGUGCUUCAUUUAGGUGGAGAGGCCCUUCAGAAGCUGUUAAACGCUCUCCUUCUCUCUCUCACCCCAGAUUUAUUGGUUUGACCUGGUCCUCUGAACUAUCAGGUCUAGGAUUUGAGCGUUUGACAGCAUGCACAUCAUCACAUGUGACUCAAGCAUCUCUAGUGUUCGUGUAUGCUGGAAAUCAACACCAAGUGCCUGACGACUGUCUGUGUUUUAGUGGAACUGUUUUCCAUACAUUUUCAAUGGUUUUAGAUCUAACUAAAAGCAUUUAUAUAUAAUGCAUUAUAAAUGUAGUAGCAUUAAGCCUUGUAAUGCACACAGUGCAUGCAUUGUAUGAUCUCUUGAAUAAUUGCAGCCACAAUUAUAAUGCAUUAAAAUGCAUUGUUAGAAAGUACAAUGCAUUAAAACAAACCUUUAAAGAUUAUAAUGCAUUUUAACUUUGGUUACAGUUAUUUAUGAAAAUAUAUAAUGCAGUGCAAUGUACAUUAUGAAUACCUUUAUAAUGCAUUAUAAUAUAAAGCUUUAAGAAAAAAGUUCCAGAUUUUUAGUUUUGCAUAUAAUUAAAUAUUAGUAAUGUUACAACUAGCAGAAGCACACGCUACGCAAGUACGUGAAUGCAAACACUGACUGAAACAUAAACUAGUCUGCUUCUAUAGUCAGUCUUCUCUUUUAGCUCAAUCACUCUCAAUGCAUUAGAAGAGAUUCUUGUAGAGUUAAAGAGAAUUAAGAUCUUGAUGUUUAUAGCAGCUAUAUCUGAAUCGUGAUGCAUCUGACCGGACGGAAGCUCGUAGUUAUCUUUGUGUACUUGCAUAGAGUGUGUUUCUGGUUUAAUAUUUCUUGAAUUCCUAAAGGGUCACGGAGUUUGUACAGAAAAAUAAUUUAUUUAUACAUUUUGGAAUAAUUAAGAGAAUAAAAGUUAUGCUGAAAUGUA